AUGAGCGAGACCAUCCGCGUGUUCCCAAGAAAGAAGUUGCUCCAGCAGACCUCCUCGCCUGCUUGCAGGAAGAAUCCAGGCGUUAGCCUCAAGGCUUCCUCCCUCCAAGCUCUCUUCCACCUCCCCCAGACCAAAGCUGCCGCCUCCCUGGGGCUGUCGCUCACGGCGUUCAAGAGCGCGUGCCGCCGCCUCGGCAUCGCUCGCUGGCCGUACGAGCGCAAGUCUCGCCGGGAGCGAGCGGGGGCCGCGCACGAGCAGGAGCCGCAGGAAGGGGAGGAAGAAGCCAGGCAGGACGAGGUCAAGCAGGAAGAUGGCGACGAGCCGCUGGAGCCGGAGUGGAUCGACUGGUACAUGUCCGCCAGCGAGAGCGAAGGCACGGGGCUGCCUUGGGAGGGCGGAGCCUAG